UGUUCCAGGGGCCGAGCCUCGUCUUCCACGACCUCUUGCUUAAAGUACAACUAUCGUGCCUGUGCAUGCACCAUCCGUUGAGGUAUGAUACAGAAAGGCAUACCGGGUCUUCCCUUGGCUUGUCAGUCUUUCUUGCGGUUACCUGUAUGUCUCCGCUCGACCCAGUACAACCCGUACCCCCAGUCGAGUUGACCGGAUCAUCUACUUUGGUGAACAGUGUCCUCAUCUCAAGGACGAACAGAGGAAUAUUACCGGCUGAGAUGAAACAACACUAAUACCGAAUUCAAUGAGGCGUGAAAAGCGGGCUAUAAAUCAUCUCUGGCAAAGCGAGCAGAAGUGGUUAAGACAUUCCACGAAUUGAACUUCAGAAAUCGCAAAGCCGAACGGACCCUCAACAUCGAAGCCCGGACUUUAGAGCGACAAUGGGGUCUCGACGUGAAGUCGAAUCCGAGGCCGAGGCCAAAUCCAAAGCGAAAGCGGCGGUGCAGGAAACCCUUGAUUUGUUCCAAUACAUUAUGCUCAAAACUGGAUACCAGGGCUACGAUGUCGAACUCAUGACCAAAGUCGUCCUGUUGGAUGCUGGGCCUGAGGGUUGGGUGCACUGGGAACUCAAAGUCACGGAAUUUUAUGCAAACCAAAACGGUGUGAUGCACGGCGGUGCGGCAGGCGUGAUAUUUGACAUGUGCACCACGACGGCACUCUGUCCUGUAGCAAAGCCUGGAUACUGGGAUUUCCAAGGCGGCGUCACCAGAGCAUUGAACAUCUCCUAUCUUCGCGCCGUACCUAUCAACACCACAAUCCACAUCCACAGCCAAGUCAUCCAACACGGUCGCACCAUGGCUCUGAUCCGAGGGACCAUGACAUCCCCCGAUUCCGACCCGGCACGCAGAAUCGUCUAUGCCACCUGUGACCAUCAUAAAGUCAAUGUUCCCGUGAGACCGGAUCACUUGGCCCUCCGGGAUGAGAUGAGGAUGGAAAGGAGAAAGCGAAAGCAAACUGAAAAUCACGACCGUGUAGGCCUCGAAGCACCAGGCAAGGCGAGGUUGUGAAGGUAGACAAAUAUACUUACAGGACCGACCUAAGGACCUAGGUAGGUAACUUGGAUAAUAUACCAAACUGCCCAAACCAGGGCGGAUGUUGUUCCAAUCAACUAAUUGUACCUGCUGAUGAUGGUUAAAAGUCAAUUAUCCAAUUCUCAUGACGGGUCUCACUGCGAUUAUUAUCCAUUCAUUCACUUCAAUUAUAUUAUAUUACCUAUGCUUUCCCAUACACAGCACCGAAAUUAUACACAAACCAAGCCACCCAGGCCGAAAGCAAGAGUAACCGUUCGGCUUUUGUGUUGCUGCGUGCCGAAAAGACUGAAGUUGACGUUGGGUCCGAAACUGAAGAAGAGCACAGUUGUGUGUCUGUGUCUGUCUUGGACGUUGGCUUGAAUAGCGGUGUUGAUGCUGGUGAUGGUGAUGGCGAUCGAUAACAAGAAGAGACAAAAGGUGAGGAUGUUGAUAACCUUGCUUGCUUGGUGUCACGCUCUUGCUCUUGCUCUCGUCCUGUAUGUAUCGUUUCCCCUUCUCCUGGUCCACCAUUCUCUUCGUGUCCAUAGCCUCCUUCUCCGUCGCCAUCAUCACCACCACCACCACUAUCACCACCUCCACCUCCUCCGUUCCGUUCGUCUUCUGCUUCGUCCAUCAUGUCCCAAUCUCGUUCUCGUUCUUCAGCCUCCAAUGAAGCACGUCGUAUUGCCUCUACUGCCACUGCAGUUGCCGCUGCAGUACCCGCUGCCACUGCCACCGCGGCCGCAGCCACCUUCUGCUCAUCCAUCUCCAUCUCCGUAUUCACCUCCAAUCCCUUAGCCUCCGUCACGCCGUCACAUUUGUCUGGGGGAUCAACUCGUGGCACUGGCGGUCGAAGAGCCAACGUCUGCGCGCGGGAAUUUAUUCUUUUCAACCCGACAACAUUGGGCGGUCUCAGCUUGAUGGUUCUCUUUCGCCAGUAGGUCGUGGUGGCAAAUAUCGAGAGAGAUAGGGGAGAGAAAGAAAAAGCCAAAAAAAGAGGAGCAAAAGCAUUGAGAAAAGAACAACAACCAAAAAAAAAAAGAAAAAAAACAAAAACAAAAACAAAAGACGAUCAACGGAUUCAAGUCUCCCCGUUCAAGACUGACAAAAAGACCAAGCCAUCUUAACAAGAACAACAUAAUCUUGAAGUAAUCAAAUUGCUGCCACACAGACUUGUAUUAUCACACGCAGCACAGAUAGCAAUCUCAAAUCUCACACAAACAC